UUUGCAGUGAGCCUAUGGAGUGAAGAAGCCAGGUUCGGCGCAGACCAAUCAGCUGCAUAGGAAAGGUUGUUGGGCGGUGCCUGUAGCGGGACUGAAUUUUCCCGCGGUUUCGGAAGCGGAGUGGGCAGUGCAGGCAGCUGGUAUUAGGUGGACCAGAUAUUGGCAGCAUGUCUAAGAAACGAGGUCUUAGCGUUGAGGAGAAAAGAGCGAAGAUGAUGGAAAUAUUUUUUGAAACGAAAGAUGUGUUCCAACUGAAGGACCUGGAGAAAAUUGCCCCAAAAGAGAAAGGCAUUACAUCCAUGUCAGUGAAAGACAUCUUGCAAAGCCUAGUGGACGAUGCCAUGGUAGAUUCUGAGCGCAUUGGGACUUCAAAUUACUUUUGGGCUUUUCCCAGCAAGGCUCUUCAUGCUCGGAAGAGAAAGCUGGAGACUCUGGAAAGCCAGUUGUCCGAAGCCAGCCAGAAGAAAAACAGCCUAGAGCAAAGUGUGGAAAAAGCUAAAGUUGGCCGCCAGGAUACAAAGGAAAGAUCAGAGCUGUUGGAGGAACUGGCAAUGUUGAGACAGCAGCGGGACCAGCAAAAAGCAGAACUAGAGCAAUACAAAGAAUGUGAUCCGGAUGUUAUAGAAGAGAUGCGUAAAAGCAACAUGGUGGCCAAAGAUGCUGCUAACCGCUGGACUGACAACAUAUUUUCCGUAAAAUCCUGGGCCAAGAAAAAGUUUGGUUUCGAAGAAAGGAAGAUUGAUAAAACUUUUGGCAUACCUGAAGAAUUUGAUUAUAUUGACUGAAUUAAUUCAGAAUCAUUCAGCUUGUUGUAUAUCUGUAGUAAGUAUGUCUUGCGUCACUGAUGUGCGUUACAUUGAAGUAAAUCUGUGAAAAACCUGGGAAAUUCAAACUAACCAUAUAAGAAAAA